GCAGAGGAUCGACGAGAGGUAGAGGAGGAGGAGGAGGAGGAGAAGGUGGUGGAGGAGGGGGAGGAUGAGAAGGAGGAUGAGAAGGAGGAUGGCGGGAUCGAGGGAGGAGGAGGAGGAGGUGGUGGAGGAGGGGGAGGAUGAGAAGGAGGAUGAGAAGGAGGAUGGCGGGAUCGAGGUGCAAGAUUCGUCGUCCGAGUGUCGGAUGCCUAAAGCAGGUGCAGAUGCGAUCAAGCGCCACUUUGAGAAUGUUGGAGUGCAUGGGGAGCCGGGGAAAGGGAACUACAUAUGGAAAUGCCUGUAUUGCGAACUGCUGUUCCCUGGGAGCGCAAAGCACUGUGCAAAGCACUUCAUGUCCACGACAAAAGGGCCCAGGUGCAACAUCAACAGGCUAGGCAACAGGUUGUCGGCAGAGGAAAAGGAGAGGAGGGAGUUGGGUCGGCUGGAGGCAAUUGCGCUGGUGUUGGGAAAGGCUGUGCCUCGGGCACCGUCAUAUGAUUGCCUUUCCGACCUCGAAGGCAUGGAAGACGUGGACGCCGAGGACGAGUGCAGCAGCCCCCAACCAGCGGAAAACAGAGUCAAGACUGGCCUUUCGACGACAACCAAUGUGCGGCAGAGCACGCUGGAAGAGGGCGGGGCAAUCAUCUCGAAGAAUGAAGAAGCACAGUGCUCCAUAGAUGAUUGGUUGAUUUACAAAGGAGUCCCGUUCAACAUGGUGCGCAGUAAGUAUUUCUUGCGCAUGCUGAAUAAGGUUCGUGAUGCAGAGCGGUCCUUCAUCCCUGCAAAGUACGACGCGCAGCGGACGAAAAGGUUGGACAUGUCRYGGGGUCGCSUCGRGGAGGGGGKKUUGCGGCAKCAAAGGAGCUGGCCUCGAUCWGGAUGCAUGCUCCAGCUUGAUGGCUGGACUGAUCGGAGAGGCAGACCACACUUGAAUGUAAUGGUCUCCUUUCCGACCGGUGUGCUUUUUUGGAAGUCGCACUGCAUGUMAGGCAAGGACAARGGCGCARCAGCGUACUUUGAUAUCUUGUCCGAGUCCAUUCGCGAAGUUGGUGAGAAAAGUGUUGUUGGAGUGAUCAUGGACAACGCUGCAGUGUGUGUGAGAGMUGGCAGAUUGGUGGAGGAUACAUUCCCUACGAUCUUCCWUGUGCCAUGYGCUGCRCACUGCCUUGACUUAGUGUUGYAYGMURUUGGGAAGAUGGAGUGGGUGGCUCGAACGGUGGGGAAGGCGAAUGACUUGGUGAAGUUCAUCAAUAACCACCAGCGAGUCAGGGAUGUUUACUACAUCCACUCGGGUGGGAGACAACUACUGCGACCUGCAGCAACGCGUUUCGCCACCAACUUCCACAUGUUGGACUGCUUGAAGAAACAGCGAAAAGCAUUGGUGGCUAUGGUCACAACAGACGAGAGGUGGACAGCGACGUUGGUUCCCCAUGCACAGCGAUCGACCUUCCACGAGAUGGAAGAUGUCUUGCUUGAUGCAGCAGGUUUUUGGGAAAAUGUCAACAAGGCAAUCAAUGCCGUAUACGACAUUGUUUUGCUGUUGAAGGUGGUGGAUGGCAACGGUCCAACCAUCAGCAAGGUUUAUGCGAAGAUGGACAGGAUAGUGGAACGCCUGCGAGUCAACAAGGACCUGACGGCAGAGGACCGGGAGGAGAUCGAGGUGAUGGUCAUGCGCAGAUGGAAUGCUAUGACCACCCCCCUCCACUGUGCAGCCCUGUUCUUGGAUCCGGAGUACCGGACGUCUGAGCCGCACAACGAUCCAGAGAUCCAAGAUGGAUUCUACACUUGGGUGUACACAUGGCUGAAAGGGUCGCCGCAGGAGGUGUGCGAUCAGGUGGAGUACGAAGUGGAUUGUUGGGUUCAGAACAUUGGGAAGUUCAGCUCGCAAGCGGCCACGGAUGCAGCCCGUAAGCAAAACCCUGCAGCAUGGUGGAAGCGCAGGUGCAAUGAGUUGCAACACUUGCAGCCCCAUGCCAUUCGGCUAUUGGGGCAAGGGUCAUCGGCUUCAGGUUGCGAAAGGAAUUGGAGCCUUUUUGCAGCAAUUCACUCCAAAGAGCGGAAUGCCUUGGCCCCGGAGACAAUGCACAAAUUGGUGUACACGAAGUGGAAUAUGCGCCUGCUUGACUCGCUGCAGCAGAUGCCGGAGAGGGCAAAAGACCUUGUUGAAUGGGAUGACCCACCGAAGGAGGAGGAGCAAAAGGAGGCUAAAGAAAGAGUGAAGUUGGCUGAGCGCAGAUUGAAGAGCCUUACCUCGGCUGGUGACGAUCUUGUUCCACCUGUUGAUGGCGGGGGUGACGAAGAUGGGGAUGAAGUUGCUGUUCCGUGCCGUGAAGAAUGCAACCUUGAGGAGAUUGAGGAGGGUCAUUGCGGGGACUGGCGUGGAUUGACAAAGGCAGGCAACUUCCUCGUCAAGCGUUCCCAAACUGAAGCGCGAAGGAGGGCACGCACCGUGGGAACAGAGGGACACAUGCGUGCUCACAGAAAGGGGGGUGGUGAGACAUUGCCUGAUGGUGCUGCGACGACAGCACCACAAAAGGAGACAGGUACAUCGUCGGCACAGCCUGAUCCUCCACGCCAAAAAAAAGGUAGAGGCAGGCCAAGAAAAACGCCAGCGACGGAUGUGGGGGGUUCAGAUGCCGUGACUGCGGAGGGAGAGAACAACCCUACGCAGACACUCGAGGAAAACCCUGCGCAAACACUUGAAAAGAACGGAGGAGAGGGGAGCAAGGAUGAGGGGGGCAAGGACGAGGGUGUGGCAAGGAAGAGGCCACGUGAUGAUGAAGAGGAAUGUUCAUCGGACUACUCAUCAGACGAUGAUGAGCGGCCAUUGGCUGAGAAAAAAAGGAAGGGGACAUAGAGAGAGAGAGAGAGAGAGAGAGAGAGAGAGAGAGACUGCCGGUUUUGGGGCGGUCAUUCAUGAUUUGUCAAUCAUGAUUCAUGAAUGACUCUGCAUUGUUUACAAUGGUAGUACAAUCACUUACCACACUUACUGGACAACGGCGGUCUAGAAGGCUAAAAGCCCAUUGGCAAAUGACUAUAUAGUAUAUAAUCUGUUGAUAUUCAGUUAGUAUUUACCAUUUAUUCAGUUUUGAGUYCUUCUCCUCAUUCUUUCUCUUGACCCUCUUCUGAUUCUKCUGAGUCAUAAACACAGUUCAAGUUGUGCAACUUGUGCUACUARCUUGUGCAAUUCAAUUUUCAACCAUUUCUGAUUCUGUGUGCAGUGUGCACGCUGGCUGGCAGUGACAGCACAGUGCCCAUUGCUCGCUGAGGUAAUGUAUGAACGUACCAUGUUCUGUUCUGGUGUUUUUUUUUUUUUUUUUUUUGCCGGAAAAUAUAUCAAUCCGGAUGGGCAUCCGGAAUGUGGAUCCGGAACAUUCCGGGACCUUCGGAACAUUUCGGAGUUCCGGAGUUCCGGGACCGACCGGAAGGUCCGGGAUCCGGAGCCCGGAAUCG